UGUUUUGGCGGACCCGAGUGCGUAACGCAAUGGGAUCAGAGUCAACAAAAAAGUGUGUCAAGGAUGCUUUCUAGGCAGUACAAUGCAUACAUGCUCUUUUACGAAAGAUCUACUGAUUCGCAGAGCAGUUCAGAUGUUUUACAAAACAAGGUCACCAAUGUUCCCGGAGAUAUUUACAAUUCAAUCUGGGAAGAAAACAUCAAUUUUCUUCAAGAUAAAAAUAUAUUCGACACCGGUUAUUUUAACCUCAUGAUCUAUGUUCUUGAUUCCGUUAAGCUUAAUGAAUGUCCAACCAUCUUCGUAAAUGGCGAAGAAAUCGACUUGACCUUGCGUUCGAUUCAACUGG